AUGUUUCGCUCAAUUAUCUUGUUAAUUCCCAUUGUGACAGCUGCUUACGAUGACCCCGCACAACAGUUGGUCGCAUUCAAGAACAGCACUCAGGGACCCAUCGGUAUCAUGACAACUAGUAAUGGAGCCCCCGUGAAAUACAAAUACGCAACGGGCACUCUCAACAGUAGAUUGUUGUUCCACGAGUACUUUAUGGAUUCCCUAACGCAUUUCUCUCGCGAGCGUAUUCCAGAACGAGUGGUCCACGCAAACGGCGCAGGAGCAUUUGGCUUUUUCGAAGUAACCCAUGACAUCACGCACAUUUGCAAAGCGAAAAUGUUCGAAUCAGUUGGCAAGAGGACACCUAUAGCUAUCAGGUUCUCAUCUAUAUUUGGAGACAGAGGUGCCAGCGAUACCCUCAGAGACGGAAGAGGCUUCGCUGUAAAGUUUUAUACUGAGGAAGGAAAUUUCGAUAUCGUCGGUCUGAGUGCACCCGCCUUUGUUAUAAAGGAUCCUCUCUUCUUCACGACCUUCGUCAGAUCAAUUAAAAGGAAUCCGCAAACGGAUCUUCUAGAUGCCAACCUCAUGUGGGACUUUUUGACCCUCCGACCGGAAAGUUGGAAUACAUUCAUGCGCGUUUUCGGAGAUAGGGGUAUUCCUGUCUAUACGAAUAUGCCUGGCUUCGGGAUUCACACCUACCAAGUAGUGAAUGAUGCAGGGAUGAGUUAUUUCAUCAGAUUUCACUUCGUUCCUGAUACGGAGGAGAAAACGUUGACGUCGGAGCAAGCGAGAGGGAUCAACUCUGAAGACGCAGAUUACAACAAGCGAAGAUUGUUCAAGGCCAUUUUGAAUGGAGACUUCCCAUCUUGGACGUUCUCGAUACAGAUAUUGUCCGUGGAUGACGUAAAGAACGCGGAUUUCGACGUGUUUGAUGUUACCAAAAUCCUGCCCCAGGAUAAAUAUCCAUUACAUCCUGUUGGUCGUAUGGUGUUAGACAGGAACCCAGAUAAUUACUUUGCUGAUAUAGAACAGUUAGCUUUCAAUCCAGCUAAUUUGGUUCCCGGAAUAUUGGGUGGUCUUGACAAACUGUUUGAGGCGCGUCGUCUAUCAUACCGGGACGCUCACUACUAUCGUUUGGGUGCGAAUUUUAACAAUAUUAGAGUUAAUUGUCCAUUUAAUACUAAACCUUUGACGUAUAAUCGAGAUGGUCACGCACCAGUCAAAGACAACCAGAAGUAUCUUCCGAAUGUUUACCCGAAUUCCUUUAAUGGACCAGCACCAGUGGAACCUUGGAGGGACUUUUCGGAGCCGGAAUUAUUGCAUAUAAUUGAAGCGGACCCGAAUAAUUUGGAUCAGAUCAAGGAUUAUUACCAAUACACAUUGACUGACGGUGAAAGAAAAAGAUUGCUAGAGAAUAUAUUGAGUAGCUUGGUUUCAGCUACGCAAUUCUUGCAGGACAGGGCGAUUGCUCUAUUCAAUAGCAUAGAUCCUGACCUAGGUUAUAAGGUUGCAUCAGGUCUUGCUUUAAACACAACUAUGGAAAUGCAUUAUUUAGGUCUAAAAUAA